UAUGGCAUUACAUUAAAUAAAUUAAUAAAUAAAUAGGUGGAGAAACCCAACACAGCAGAGCAGGGACGGCGUACGUAACCGCGAAGAACGGGUGUCUCUCUCCUACUCCACACCCGUAAUUCUCCUCCUCCUUCGACCCUAAAAAUACUAACUUUAUAUAUCCGAUCCACCCCCUCUAAUCGUUAUUUAAUUGAUCUAACCUCUCCUUCAGGUAAACAUGCAUUUGAAGCCAACAGCUACUUGUUUCAGUGACAACUUUGGGAGCACCUCGAUAAGAGGUCAGGGCUUUAAGGUCUCGUGGGUAGUUUAUAUGGCUAGCUGGUUGGCACCCAAUAUAUUGCAUGGGAAGGGUUAGUAUAGGUCCGAUCUAGGUUAAGGUAUACUUUGAAAAUGGUGAAAGUUAAUAAGGUGCGAUGCAAGGCUGAUUCCCGGCAGCACAGAGUGACACCACAUGCAUUGUCACCUUGUUCACGGAAGGCUGUUAAAAGUUGCCACUUGAAGAAAAAACAUUCAAAAGCUUCAGAGAAGAAAGAUUGGGAAGGUGCUACCUGCUCUAUUUGUCUGGAGCAUCCUCACAACGCGGUGCUUCUCCUUUGCUUCUCUUAUAAAAAGGGCUGCCGUCCAUAUAUGUGUGCCACCAGUCGUCGUUUUUCCAACUGUCUUGAACAAUACAAGAAAGCUUAUGCAAAAAUAACUCCUACAGAAGGGGUGCAGCAAGAAAGCAAUUCAAUGGAUCAUUCAAGACCCGCUUUGCAUGUGGAGCCAGCCAAUGAGAGGGCGGAGGUUCCAGAGCUUUUAUGUCCACUUUGUCGAGGGCAGGUUAAAGGUUGGACAGUGGUGGAACCAGCUCGUAAGCAUCUCAAUGCCAAGAAAAGAACCUGCAUGCAGGAUAAGUGCUCAUUUGCUGGAACUUAUAAGCAGCUGAGGAAGCAUGUUAAGGCAAAGCACCCAUCGGCACAACCUCGAGCUGUGGAUCCUAUACACAAAGAAAAAUGGAAGAGGUUUGAAUGUGAAAGGGAGAGAAAUGAUGUAAUCAGCACAAUUAUGUCAUCAACGCCCGGGGCAAUGGUGCUUGGUGAUUAUGUGAUUGAGCCGGGGUACCGUGGCAUUCAUAAUGACUAUGAUUCUGAUUCUGAUUCAUCAUUGGAUGAUGGUUUCUUAUCUCUGGGGUCAUUUGAUAGAGGGCAGAGUAGUGGCUUCCGCUUUCGUAAUGGAUAUCACCUAGACUAUGAUUCAUUGGAUGAGGACGACUAUGGGACACGCCGUCCUGGCCCUCCUGGUUCUGUGGCAAUAACUGGGCGAGGUUUUCACAGGAUACUGCUGGAGAGACCAAGGAGGCGGUGGUAUAGAGGUAGUAGAGGUCGAAGCUACUGAACACGAUUGGGGUUACAAAGGCGGUAAUCAACUAUCUCAAAUUGGUUUCUCUACAUUUUUUCUGCUGCGAUCACGUGCCAUGUGUGAUGGUUGCCCAUGUACCCUGAUGUGGUGCUAUGCCAUUGGUGUCAAAUAAGUGUGGUUUCCAACAAAUAUUAGGAAUGAUAGUCUGAGGGCCUUGCCUAUGGUUAGGUCAUUAGUUCCGAUAAGGAUUAAAGCAUUUAAUUGGUCUGUUUAGGUGCACGAUUGACUAUCAUAUUCGUGCAUAGUAAUUUGAACUGGGAUCGUGUUGGUUCGUUGUUGAUAUAUUUUUCGUGAUUGAUGCUUUCUUUUUCCUCGUUUAUAUUCAAGGAGUCUCUCACCAUUAUGUACCCUGUACAUCUUGGACUGAAGAUUCAAGCACUAUCUGGUCUCCUUUUGGUU